CUCACACCACCAUCGAAAGCCCUUCUUUCUCUCUCUCUCUCUCUCUCUCUCUGUUACAUUGUUCUGGCGCACUUCACUUGACGUUGCAUUGGAGUACACUGCUCAUCGUCCUCGCAACUGCUUCGUGCUUAGUCUCUCGCUUUGCAUGAGCCCACGUUAAUGGCGUCAGCUUGCGUUAACACCCCCGGGAUUUCGCCGGACUCCUUCCCCCCGGCGUACGGAUGGCUCAGCCCCCGCACCUCUUUCAGCCGCGACUUCCCCGACGGCGACCCCUCGCCCAAGCCUAUCGCCUCGCCCCCUCGUCCCGCGGCGGAUCCGCCGGGGGUCCCCGAGCCUUCCGCCCCCGGAGACUUCGAGUUCUGCCUCAAAGAUCCCGUCGCUAUGCUCCCGGCCGACGAGCUCUUCUCCGACGGGAAAAUCGUCCCGCUCCAGCACUCCGCCGCGAAGCCGUCGCUGGAAGCGCCCUCUGCGGCGAGCCUCCAGUCGCCGGAGAACAACUCCGAGCGCAGCCGGAGGAUGAAGAUGAACUCCAGCCGCUGGAAGGAGCUCCUCUGCCUCAAGAAGCUGUACCAGAAUCAGAACCCUAAGCGCGCUGAUUCGACUCAGAAGAACACCCAAUCUUCUUCCAAAUCGGUGAUGCAUUUUCUCCACCGAAGCUCCAAAUCUACCUCCGAUGCCUCAAAUCUGAGCCUCCCGCUGCUCAGAGAAUCCUCCGACGGCGAGUCCGUCUCGAUCUCUUCGCGUCACUCGCUGUCCUCUUCGUCUUCCUCCAAUCACGAGCUCGAGGACCUCCACCGCCUCUCGCUGGAUUCCGACAAGCCUAACCCUAACUUACUCCACAAGAACGGGAAUACCGUGGCAGCGAUGAAUGUCCCCAGGAUGAGACUCGUGAAGCCGAGACCGGACAAUCCAAAGGCGUCGACGGAUCACCAUCCGCCGGCGGGCAGGGCGGAGAGGAGCCCGAUGCGGAGAUCCACGGAAGAGCCAUCGGGUGGCUUGACGAACAGAGGAGUGACGGUGGACAGCCCGAGGCUGAACGCGUCGGGUAAGGUGGUGUUUCACAGUCUGGAGAGGAGCUCGAGCAGCCCGAGCAGCUACGGUGGGCCGAGAUUCAAGUACAGAGGGGUGGAGAGAUCGUAUUCGGCGGGUGUUAGGGUCAGUCCGGUCCUCAAUGUCCCAAUCAGCUCGAUUAAGGCGGGCUCUGUGUUCGGGUUGGGUCAGUUGUUUUCAUCCUCAUCCUCCUCGUCUUCUUCGUCAUCUUAUUCGCAGCAGAAGAGAGAGGGCAACAAUGGGAAAGGAUCUUCGGGUGGAAGAAACCAGCAGAGUAACAGCAAGAAUCGGAGCGAACGGAGUCAGUGAAAUCUCUCUCUAUCCAUCUCCGGUUAGUAAUGCGACGGCAUUGUGGGCGUUUUUCAGGAGAUUUGUCCUUACUUCGGGUUUAUAAAUUACAAGGCCGCCUGGAUUGGGCGAUUAAAUUUGCUUUCCUUCCUCAAUGACUUGCAGAUUUAGAGCCGUCUGUGUAUAUAGGGAGGUUAAUCACUAGUUGGUGUUGUUGGA